AAACCCAAUAUAAGCCCCCCAAUUAAAAAAAAGGUCCGGCAAUCCCAUAAUUAACUCUGACCGCAAACCAUGUCCUACGGAGGUGCAACGACCAUGACGGCGCCGCCGGCGAUUGGUGGCUCCGCGUCGGCGUCGACUAUAAAGCAAGUGAAGUUAGAGAGAGAAAGCGAGCUGAGAAUCGAGGUGGGUAAUGAAACGCCGCUUAAACUUCGAUUACUUAACGGCUCAGCCGAGAUUUUCGGGUCCGAAUUGGCCCCUGAGAUGUGGCUCACUUUCCCCCCUCGCCUCAAAUUCGCUGUUUUCACUUGGUAUGGUGCUACAAUUGAGAUGGAUGGUGCUACUGAAACUGAUUAUACGGCAGAUGAGACACCUAUGGUCAGUUACGUGAAUGUACAUGCUGUACUCGAAGGACGAAGAAACCGUGCUAAAGCUUUGUCACCAAAUGACUCGGAGGCAUCCCAGGGACCCAGAGUGAUUGUUGUGGGGCCGACUGAUUCUGGGAAGAGCACCUUAUCAAGGAUGCUUCUUAGUUGGGCAGCUAAACAAGGUUGGAAACCUACCUUUGUGGAUUUAGAUAUAGGCCAAGGGUCUAUAACAGUUCCUGGAUGUAUCGCUGCUACACCUAUUGAACUGCCCAUUGAUCCUGUGGAAGGAAUUCCUCUUGAGAUGCCUCUUGUUUAUUUUUACGGCCAUACAACUCCUAGUAAUAAUGUAGAUUUAUAUAAGACACUCGUGAAUGAGCUGGCUCAAAUGCUGGAGACUCAAUUUGCUCGUAAUGCUGAGUCUCGAGCUGCAGGCAUGGUUAUCAAUACUAUGGGUUGGAUAGAAGGUACUGGCUACGAGUUGCUUCUUCAUGCAAUUGAUACAUUCAAGGCCAAUGUUGUCCUGGUUUUGGGUCAGGAAAAACUUUUCAGCAUGCUUAAGGCUGUAGCAAAAAGUAAGCCUAAUGUGGAUGUUGUGAAGCUUCAGAAGUCUGGCGGUGUUGUAUCAAGAAAUGCAAAAUAUCGUCAGAAGUCUAGGGGUUACAGGAUAAGGGAGUACUUCUAUGGCCUUGCAAAUGAUCUUUCCCCUCAUUCUAAUAUUGCAAACUUCAGUGAUCUGCUUGUCUAUCGAAUUGGCGGUGGUCCACAGGCACCAAGAUCGGCUUUACCAAUUGGUGCAGAUCCUAUUGCUAACCCACUAAGAGUAACACCUGUGAAUAUUGACCGGGAUUUGCUUCAUAUGGUUCUUGCUGUUUCAUAUGCCAAGGAGCCUGAUCAAAUUUUGUCUAGUAAUGUAGCGGGCUUUAUUUACAUCACUGACAUUGAUAUUCAGAGGAAGAAAAUCACAUACCUUGCACCAUCAGCUGGGGAAUUGCCAAGCAAAUAUCUUAUUAUGGGAACCUUGACUUGGCUUGAAACUUAAACAAUCUUUUGGUCAAAUUAUUGUUAUACUUGGUCCAAUUUCAGAUUCUGCCUGGAAAUUUCUCUUUUUUCUUCAGUUUGUAACAAUGGAGCUUCAGUUAACAAGUUCAAUGGCUGCUGUAACUCUACCUUGUACCUUUAAAAUGUUGAAUUAUGUUUACAAAUUCGGAUAGGAGGAGAAGCCGGUGAAGCCUUUGCUUGCCGGUUCAUUUAGUAA